CGCUGUUUCAUCGACUGAUCCGCUGUUUCAUCGACUGAUCCGCGGCUCUACCAACGGACCUGCUGCUCCAUCAACAGGUUCCCGUCCCCCGGUCCAAAGCAUCUCCGUCCGGCUCGUCCGAUUCCAAUAACAGCGGCUCCAAAACCAUGUCUGCACCCAAGCUCGCCGCACACGCCGUCCGGUUCCCCAAGAAGAUGCCCACCAACUGGGUUCUGAAACAGAUCGCCCUCCCGCCGCCGGCCGACAAGUUCCAUCCGACGACGUUCUUCGAUGGCCGACCACGCCCACCCAAGAUCUCGCUGAAGCAACAGGAGCGCAUCCGCGAGGCUUGCUGGAUGGCUGGGCUGGAUCCUGUCAAGACCGUCGGUCUGCCUGAGGUCUCGGAGGAGAAGACCGUACAGCUCCCGCGGGGCUCGCAGCACGAAGUCGAUCGAUACGAGCGACAAAAGAAGAUCCGGGAAAACAUGUCGGGCAUGGCCGACAGGAUCGCCACCUGGAGAAAGGAACGUAGAGCCGCCAAACAAGCAUCCAAGCCCGAACAGCCCUUCUAACUUAUGUCCUUCAAUCCACCGCUACUGUAUUGGCUCCAACCUGACCGGUCCAAGACAAGCCCACCAUGUUGCGGUCGACGAUCAGCAUGUACAUUUUCAGCAAUACAGCUCUUCAGCCAUCAGCAGAGAAGCAUGGAAUC